AUGCGUGAGUUUGCAAUUACCCACAGAGAUAUGACAACAUUGGUCAGCAUGGACGACAAGCACAAAUGUAAGGUUGGGGAGCCCUUGUAUCCAUUGGCAGCAGCUGAAAGAGGGAAGCAGGUUAUCGUUGGAGCUAACCAGGUGAUGGCUGUUGGGGACCAUGACUUCAGCAAAUGUACUUUGACUCCAUCAGUUAACUUGGUGGUGAGUUGCUAAUGUAUAAAACAAGUAGAUGCAUUAUCUAUUGUCUGUUCAGUUAUUAAAAAAGAUGGCCAGAAAAUAUCACAAUGUGGUAGAACUUACCAUUUCGAGAUGUUCUUACCAUGAUGUGACAUUAUCUGUGCAUCAACAUCUGACCAGACAACAACAAAAAAUGGAUCUAUUUUGUAAAUAUUUUACAGAUUGAUAUUCCUCAAACAAUAUCUGGUAGCUUCUACAGGGGCGAUUUUUAUGUUGGGUUCAAGGAUUCAAUAUUAAAGCCUUCUUCCCCAUUGCGCCACACAACUGAACUGGCAGAAAUUCUGAAGCUAAGAGGAAGUAGGUUCUAUAUGUGGAAAUAAAUUAUGUUUUUGCAUGAUAUGCUUUUAAGUUCUAUUGCAAUUCUUUGUUAUGGUUUUAAAUUAAUUCACAGGUAACUAGUCCAACAAGGCAACAAACAAUGGCCAGUGUAAUUUAGUAUAGUCUGUUUAAGAGUCAUUUAAGAGUCUAUUUUACUGUAGCUGUCCAUCCUGUCCUACUGCUAUACACUGAUGGAGGGCCUGAUCACCGAACCACGUACAUGUCGGUGAAACUGUCCAUGAUAGCAUUGUUCAGGUCUCUGGACCUUGAUAUGUUGGUUGCCUUAAGGACAGCUCCCAGUAACUCGUGGGCAAAUCCUGUAGAGAGAAUAAUGAGUAUUGUGAAUACUGGUCUACAAGGUAUUGGCCUUAUGCGUCAGAAAAUGGGUGACAACUUUGAAAAAGCAAUAGGUGUGUAGAUGUUUCACAUUUGUACAACAAAAAUUAUCACAACAGAUAUUUUUUUCUAACCAAUCAAAUAUUUUAAUAUAUUUCAGCUAAUGCGAAAAGUGUCAAAGAGAUGAGGGAAAAGUUGGCAACGGAUGACCUCAAGAAAGAGCUAGGUGAAUCGUUGUCAUUUCCAAUUGAUCUUCUCAACAGCCAGAUGAACAGAUUAAGUCUGAAGGAAAAGAAGUUCCAGACCUUUACUCCAGCUUCAGAAGAAGAGAUCAACACGCUGUGGCAAAAAUGCCUGGAAAUUGAGAAAGGGUUACAGGUAUACAGUAGUAGUAGGGGUGGAACAUAAAAAAAUUACCUGAAUGAAUACUGUGUGAGGUUUGUCAUUUGUUUAUACUUUUUUCACAUUUAUGUGUAGCGCGACCAUUUAACCAUGAAGGAUGUAAAGGACUUUGAACACCUUAAAGCUUUCCUCAAGCACUGCUGCAUUGAGGGACAUAUUGCUUCCAGGUGAAGAAGUGUGGUAAUGAUAACUGCAAAAUCUGCAGGUACUGUAUGAAGAAUAUCGAAAUUCUAUACAUAUGAAUGUACAGUAUAAUACAUUUGAAUCUUUCAAUAUAACAAUGUAUAACAAAUAAACAAUAAACAUUACAGGUACAGUGUAUGUUGUUGGCCCGUUGCACAAAUAAUUGUAUAAAAUUGAGCUAGUUGAUUAUAAGUGUAACCAAUUUUAGACCGUUACGGGACAAACGGAGCAAAGAUGUGAGUUCCUUACCUUUCCCAGUUCCAGCUGGUGAUGGUCAUUAUCGCCCGUUUGAGGAAGUCUACAAGACCAUCACUGAAGAGGUAUUUUAAGUAUUUCUAUAGAGUACCGGUAUACCAACUAUUAUGUAAUAUUAAUCAUACAUUCAUGUUGAAUUAUUUGUUUCUUUGUAAUAGAACCGGCCAAGUAAAGUAACAAGACCCAAGACUACCAGGGCAAACCUACCUUUCUCGCCAUCUGUACAACAUGCGCAGAAUACAGAUGUCAUGGUGCAAUGCACUGAGUGUGAGAAAUGGCGGCUUGUCUUUGCAAAAAAGAAGCUAACGAAGAGACAGAAGCAGCAGCUGACAGAUCUUCUGGAAGAUAUGGAUUACACUUGUGGUUUUCAAUUUGGUGAGAAUAAUUUUGUGAAUUAGUCAGCAUGCAUUUAUAUCUGUUUGUAACCUUUGUGAUUUUAUGAGGGUAGAGAAGAUCAUUGUUGGAUCAGAGACAAUAUAACUGUACAUAUGUACUAUUCCUAUCGUUUUAGAUGAUAUACUUCUUCUUCAUGGGCUUCAAGUCCACAUUAAAGACCAUGACUGCGAAGAUAACAUAGAAAAGCUGUACUAUGCUUGUGACUAUGAACCAUGCUGCAUCUAUUGUGGGGAAUAUGUUGAUGAUGUGGAUGAAGAUGAUGAGAUUUAUCCCCAGUGCGGAAAUUGUACACAAGAUCCUGUCAGGAAACGAAAGUGA